AUGGGGAUCGCCGAACGAAGAUCGAUCCGCUCUUGCAUUACACGCAUGUCUCGCCCGCAAAAAAUUGGCCUGGGUGCUUUGGUCUUCCUAUUCAUUCUUUAUAGUUUAACACCAUACGACAGUCGACCAAGAUCAUUCUUCCGGUUCCAACAUAAUGUCAUACAAGAUUAUUACCAGAAUACCCUCCCGAGCGAUUCCUGGCUUUUCAAGCCUCAACCCUACCCCAUCGAUCCUAAUAAUGAUAUCGGCAUAGUAAUAAAGACCGGAUUUGGAACGAAAAAACGGGUAUCAGCGGCGCUGCAAGCGUUGAGCAGCGAGUCCUUAAAUGCGGAUACUAUCGUCGUUCAGGAUUUUCCGCUGUUCCCGGAUCAGAAGAAUUAUACAUUGGCUAGUGGAAAAGAAGUGCCGAUCAUCGACAUCAUCGGGUGGAAUCUAGAACGGGGCUCUCUAAAGGGCCAAGAACAGCAGGAGCGCGUGAUGAAAUAUAUCAAUCUUGCUGAUGCUGUUGACGGCGAAGAGUGGAUGCUUGCUGAUACAUUAGGCAAGGACAUGGGAUGGGAAUUGGAUGCGAUGAAGUUUCUCUCAAGUCUCGAAUAUAUUUGGCACACCAUGCCGAAAAAGAAGUGGUACGUAAUGUUGGAUGACGACACCUAUAUCAUCAAAUCAUCCUUGGCUUUACUCCUGGGGCAUUUGAACUACGGCAAACCGCAGUUCAUUGGCAACCCUGUAGGCGACUACAAAGGUCGUUUCCCACACGGCGGAUCAUCUGUAGUUAUGUCCGGUGCUGCUCUGAGCAAGCUGUACGAAGAACACCCCGAGGUCGUUGCUGAGGGCCACCAGGAGUCGGCUACGGCAAUCUGGGGCGAUAAGCUACUUUCUACGACGUUUAUGAAAGUAGGGAUCUAUCUUGACGAGACAUACCGACGCCUAUUUAAUGGUGAACCCCCCUGGAUGACGCGGAUGUGGAUCGACAGAUUCUGUCUGCCCUUAGUAUCGUUCCACGGCCUCGGCAAGGACGACGCUAUGCUACAUGUAGGCGAUACGUUCAAAAAUAUGACGGAACCCGUAUUUUGGAGACAGCUGGGGAAGAUUUAUGGCGCUCCGAAUUUCGCUUCGUUCAUCGCCGAACCGAUUCGAUCUAACGUGGACUACGUGGGACGCCUAGACGAGUACAGCAAGACCAUAGACAAGGUCACGGAAGUCGAUGCCUGUGUCAAAAUCUGCCAUGAUCACUCAACAGAAUGCUUAGCUUGGACAUUUGAUCCAGGACGUCAACAAUGUCACACUGCGCGAUGGGCAAUCCUAGGAGAUGUCGCCGAGGGUCGGUUUUCUGGCAUAAAUGGGCAGCUAGCCCAGAAGCUAGAAGACUCAUGUCACGGCCCAGCAUAG